GCCGCCCGCCCUGCGCCCGGCCCCGCGCAGCGCCCGCGGGGGGCGCGAUGCCGAACGGCCCCGGCCCCGGCCCGGCUCUUAGGAUGUCUCUGCCCCGGAGGUCGCGGAUCCGCGCGUCCGUUGGACCUGUUCGUCCUUCUUCGGGCUACAAGAAGGCAGAUGAUGAGAUGUCCCGGGCCACGUCUGUUGGAGACCAGCUGGACACACCAACCCGCACCAUUUACCUCAACCAAGCGCAUCUCAACAAAUUCCGUGACAACCAGAUCAGCACGGCCAAGUACAGCGUGGUGACGUUUCUACCUCGGUUCUUGUACGAGCAGAUCCGGAGGGCUGCCAAUGCCUUCUUCCUCUUCAUUGCCUUACUACAGCAAAUUCCAGACGUAUCUCCGACAGGAAGAUACACCACCCUGGUGCCACUGAUCAUUAUUUUAACCAUCGCGGGCAUCAAAGAGAUUGUAGAAGAUUUUAAGCGGCAUAAGGCAGACAACGCAGUUAACAGAAAGAAAACCAUAGUGUUAAGAAAUGGUGUGUGGCAUACCAUCAUGUGGAAAGAGGUGGCAGUGGGAGACAUCGUGAAGGUCAUCAACGGGCAGUAUCUUCCAGCAGACAUGGUCCUGUUCUCCACCAGUGAACCUCAGGCGAUGUGUUAUGUUGAAACAGCCAAUCUCGAUGGGGAGACGAACCUGAAAAUACGGCAGGGUUUGAGUCACACGGCUGACAUGCAGACCAGGGACGUGCUCAUGAAGUUGUCUGGGACCAUCGAGUGUGAAGGGCCCAACCGCCACCUCUAUGACUUCACCGGAAACUUGAACUUGGAUGGAAAAAGCCCUGUUUCCCUUGGGCCCGACCAGAUCUUACUAAGAGGCACACAACUUAGGAACACUCAGUGGGUCUUUGGCAUAGUUGUUUACACUGGACACGACACCAAGCUCAUGCAGAAUUCCACCAAAGCACCUCUCAAGAGAUCGAAUGUUGAGAAGGUGACGAACGUGCAGAUCCUGGUGCUGUUUGGCAUCCUCUUGGUCAUGGCCUUGGUGAGCUCCGUGGGAGCCCUGUACUGGAAUGGGUCCCAAGGGGAAAAGAACUGGUACAUCAAGAAGAUGGACACGAGCUCGGACAAUUUUGGGUAUAACCUGUUGACCUUCAUCAUUCUGUACAACAACCUCAUCCCCAUCAGUCUGCUGGUGACUCUCGAGGUGGUGAAGUACACGCAGGCCCUCUUUAUAAACUGGGACACAGACAUGUAUUACCUGGGAAACGACACCCCUGCCAUGGCCAGGACGUCGAACCUGAAUGAGGAGCUCGGGCAGGUAAAAUACCUGUUUUCUGACAAGACCGGAACUCUUACGUGCAACAUCAUGAACUUCAAGAAGUGCAGCAUCGCUGGGGUGACGUAUGGUCAUUUUCCAGAAUUGACAAGGGAACCAUCCUCAGAUGAUUUCUGCCGGAUGCCUCCUCCCCUCAGUGACUCCUGUGACUUUGACGACCCCCGGCUCUUGAGGAACAUCGAAGACCAUCACCCCACCGCCCCUUGCAUCCAGGAGUUCCUCACCCUUCUGGCCGUGUGCCACACUGUGGUUCCGGAGAAGGACGGAGACAGCAUCGUCUACCAGGCCUCGUCCCCAGAUGAGGCCGCUUUGGUGAAAGGAGCUAGGAAGCUGGGCUUUGUCUUCACGGCCAGGACGCCCUACUCCGUCAUCAUAGACGCGAUGGGACAGGAACAGACAUUUGGAAUCCUUAAUGUCCUGGAAUUUUCCAGCGACAGAAAGAGAAUGUCCGUGAUCGUGCGAACCCCUUCGGGACAGCUGCGGCUCUACUGUAAGGGGGCUGAUAAUGUCAUUUUUGAGAGACUUUCCAAAGAUUCAAAAUACAUGGAGGAAACAUUAUGCCACCUGGAGUAUUUUGCCACGGAAGGCUUGCGGACUCUCUGUGUGGCUUACGCCGACCUCUCUGAGAGUGAGUACGAGGAGUGGCUCAAAGUCUAUCAGGAAGCCAGCACGAUCCUGAAGGACCGAGCUCAGCGGCUGGAGGAGUGUUACGAGAUCAUUGAGAAGAAUCUACUGCUCCUUGGAGCCACAGCCAUAGAAGACCGCCUUCAGGCAGGCGUGCCCGAGACCAUCGCGACUCUGUUGAAGGCAGAAAUUAAAAUAUGGGUGUUGACAGGAGACAAACAAGAAACUGCAAUUAACAUAGGUUAUUCCUGCCGGCUGGUAUCACAGAAUAUGGCCCUUAUCCUAUUGAAGGAGGAUUCUUUGGAUGCGACGCGGGCAGCCAUCACCCAGCACUGCGCGGACCUCGGGGGCCUGCUGGGCAGGGAGAACGACGUGGCCCUCAUUAUCGACGGCCACACACUGAAGUAUGCGCUGUCCUUCGAGGUCAGGAGGAGCUUCCUGGACCUGGCCCUGUCGUGCAAGGCUGUCAUCUGCUGCAGGGUCUCUCCGCUGCAGAAGUCGGAGAUAGUGGACGUGGUGAAGAAGCGGGUGAAGGCCAUCACGCUGGCCAUUGGGGACGGGGCCAACGACGUCGGGAUGAUCCAGACAGCCCACGUGGGUGUGGGGAUCAGCGGGAAUGAGGGCAUGCAGGCCACCAACAACUCGGACUACGCCAUUGCACAGUUUUCCUACUUGGAGAAGCUCCUGCUGGUUCAUGGCGCCUGGAGCUACAACCGGGUGACCAAGUGCAUCCUGUACUGCUUCUACAAAAACGUGGUCCUCUACAUCAUCGAGCUUUGGUUUGCCUUCGUAAAUGGAUUUUCCGGGCAGAUUUUAUUUGAACGUUGGUGCAUCGGCCUGUACAACGUGAUUUUCACGGCGUUGCCCCCCUUCACGCUGGGCAUCUUCGAGAGGUCAUGCAGUCAGGAGAGCAUGCUGAGGUUCCCACAGCUCUACAAAAUCACCCAGAACGCCGAGGGCUUCAACACAAAGGUUUUCUGGGGUCACUGCAUCAACGCCCUGAUCCACUCCCUCAUCCUCUUCUGGUUUCCCAUGAAGGCGCUGGAACACGAUACCGUGUUGGCCAACGGUCAUGCCACCGACUAUUUAUUUGUUGGGAAUAUUGUUUAUACGUAUGUUGUUGUUACUGUUUGUCUGAAAGCUGGUUUGGAGACUACAGCUUGGACAAAAUUCAGUCACCUGGCCGUCUGGGGAAGCAUGCUCAUCUGGCUGGUGUUUUUUGGCGUCUACUCAACCCUCUGGCCCACCAUUCCCAUCGCUCCAGACAUGAAGGGACAGGCGACCAUGGUCCUGAGCUCUGCGCACUUCUGGCUGGGAUUAUUUCUGGUUCCUACUGCAUGCCUGAUCGAGGACGUGGCAUGGAGAGCGGCCAAGCACACCUGCAAGAAAACGCUGCUGGAGGAGGUGCAGGAGCUGGAAACGAAGUCCAGGGUGAUGGGCAGAGCGAUGCUCCGGGACAGUAACGGAAAGAGGAUGAACGAACGGGACCGGCUGCUGAAGAGGCUGAGCAGGAAGACGCCGCCCACCCUGUUCCGCGGAGGCUCCCUGCAGCAGUCAGUGCCCCACAUGCGCACGCACCUGGCGUUACUGGGCGGAUUAAUGGAGGCUGCUGUAUAAAUGAGCACCUGCGGUAGAAGCCCAAUAAACAUCAGGUAUUACUUUUUUUUCUGCCACUAGUUGAGGAAAUCUGAGCCACUUACCUAUUUCCCUAAACUUGUUCUCUCCUCUGAGAAAAAACCAGAAUAACAUACCUCUUAUAUAGCCCAUGAGGCUUCACGACGGAGCGGGGAGAACAGGCAGAGGAGGAGUGCUGAGCCCCUAAAAGCGGUGUUCGUGCCUCAGAGCCUCCAGCCUCAAAGAAUGAACCACCAAAGUGGAGACUCGGGAGGACUUUUGUGGGAGCAUCAUAAAGGGUCUUAAAACAACCACUAAAUGUUUUCCAGACUCUGUUUUGAAGGACAAAAAAUUUCUAAUGAACAAGAGCUGUACAAGAAAGCGGCUUAAAAUCACACAUUUUAAAGACACUCAGCAACUAGUGAUGAGAGCCUGCUGGGCCCCAGGGCAUCUGUCCCUGACCCGCAGGGCGAGGAGGUGCUCCGGGACCGGGCCUCUGUCUUCGCAGGAACCUCAUCUCCGAGCACCCGUCGUUCCCAGGGGCCGCCGCACCCGGUGUCUGUGACCGACCCUGCGCGUCCCGCACAGCCGAAUCUCCUUGUCGACCCCGCCAGCUUCCCAAGCUUCUGUUGCUCCUGGGAAUCCUUUUCCACCCAGGGAGCGGCCACCUUCGUUAAGAUGCUAUCACAGCUCAGACUGGAAGGACUGCUACUUAAGGGGAGUUUUACUCCAAAAUAACAUGAUUUUUAGGAAUUUCACCAAAUAUUCUACCUGGAGAGGACAGACCUCAGCCCCUCGAGUGUGGUCUCCAGGCCCCCAUCAACCCUUCUGAAGAUGAGUGAAGGUGGGAAAUGCUAUGAGCUGGGGGUUCCCUCUGAGGCCCCGUCUGGAUGCAGAUGGCAGGCAGGGCUCAUCAGGCAGGAGCUGGUGAGCUGAAGGUGCUGGCGGAGGUGGGCUGGGUGACUGUGGCCCCUGUUGUCCUGCUAAAAUUUCUUCCACUGUGGCUCUAACCCCUACCAGGCCUGGCUUCUAAAAGGAAAGUAUUUAUGGGUCACAGAGACACCCCUAUCAGGCCACCCUCCUUUCAUUCUUGAAUUGAAAGGACACUUAACCUCGCUUGAGUCUCAGAACGUCCUGGUGCACAUUCUGGAAACAUGACGGUAGAUGCAGCUGGACCAGGAGCCCUCCGGUAGUGACCUCUGGCCUGUGCUGACCCUGGGAGGAGAGACUGGACCAGAAAUGCCUGAAACCCUCCCCACCCUAGAGUGGCUGUCAUCCCGCUGGCUGGCCCUCCUCCAGUGAGACAAAUGUGAGCUGAGGACGUCAGACAGCUCCGAGCUGAAGAAACCAGCGCAGGGCUUCCUGAACGGAAAACAACAGAUAAGAGAUGGGGCCGCUGCUCCUUCCUUCCAACAGGGAGUGGAUGGUUCCAGAUGUGAGAUACUCCCCAAAAGGACAUUCCCAAACAAGGCUUAUUUUUCUGUCUCAGCAAGUCCCCUUCAUCCUUUCCUCUCCACUAGUCUCCACCCCCAACAACAACAAAAAAACCUCAUUAAAAAAUAGGUAGCAAUGUUCUAUUUGGGCUGACAACGGCCUGGAGGGGAGCCUCUGCCAGCACUGGAGAGGCUCUUGUCCUCCCCUCAAGAGGACCCGUCCUGGGGCCCACUGGAGGGCCUGGUCCAGGCCAUUUACAGAAAAGUGAGCCACGAAGGCCCAAGAGCUUAAAGGCUAAGCCCUCCCCGGCCCUAGGCUCUGGGUCCACAAGGAUGGCGGAGCACAGGGGAGGGAGAGCUCCAUGGUGGCCUGCCUGCCCCAAGGAUGGAGAAGGACACUUACAGGGGGUCCCCAUCCCUCAAGGUCAGCACCACUUCUCGGGGCGGAGAAGCAGCCCCCGGGUGUGGCAGGACCACCGUUCCCACAGCACGCUGGGUCCAAGGACAGCUGCUGCGGCACGGCCACCUUGGUAAGCAGCAGAUAUUACUAGAAACGUCCCCUUCGGGAGACCAGAGGAAGAACGCUGCCCGGGCCAACCACAGAGCUCAGCCUUGUUGCCAGAGGAGGCAGUGCCGUUUGCUAGAUUUUACUUUGAAACACUGCAAGGCCAGCAGCUGGUCUGGGACGGCAGCAAGGACGCAGCACAAAGGGCACCUUGUGGGGCACGGGAGGCGGGGCCCAGAGAACCCUUGGGCCACCCAGGGUUUCCUCAUCUUGGACCCACAGCUCCGAGGUGGGAGGAGGCCGUUCCUCUUCAGAUCCCAGGAAUUCUCCGAGGCCGGGAGAGUGGCACAGCCUCCGUGGGAAGGCUCAGGGCCCACUGGCUCUGCACCCUUUGCGGGGCGCACACUGGCCUGGGGGCUCUGCCUGGUGCUAGGACAGUGGACAUGCGGGUUUUGGUAGAAAUGCGGGUGAGCAGCCAGACUGACAUCCCAGUGGAGGCUCCCCUCGGCUCUCAAUCUGUCUUUACUUCCACCCCCUCCCUGCUGCCCAGCCACGACCUCAGUGGCUCCUAGGCCCCCUCUGCAGACAAGCCCCGGGUCCUCUCAGGCCGAAAGGCUUGCUCUCGGGAAGAGCUGGGAAGCUAGCCCCUGGGGACGGAGGCGCAGUUUCUGCGCAUGAUCGGAGCAGCCAGUCACCCCCAGCAUCUGCUUUUAAAGUCACUUCCUCAUCUCCCUCCCCAUGAAGACUAUACUUUGCUCUGUACAUCUUUAUAGUCCAGAAACUUCCCUUCUCAAGCCAAGUGUCUGAGUAAAGUCAGAAUCCAGGAUGAUACACAGGCAUACUCCUGACCUCUUCUCCUUUAAGGGCUGUGAGCUAACAGCACCAGUGGUAAGUCCUAAACACGCGCAGGCGGGAGGCAGGCUUUUGACUGUGUCGUUUUUUGGUCAGAAGGUCUAAUUCAGCUUGUGGGACUUUUCCGUACCCCUGACCCAGAAGACUCAGUCAACAGAGCGGGUCUUACCUGUCCCUUCUGUAGGAAGGGCCAGUUAGGAAGCAGAGCCUUAUUCUGGACUUCUGAAAGUUAACCCCAUCCCAGACCCUCAGAACGGAGCUGCAGGAGCGCUCGGGCCAUGCCUGGGUUUGUCUACCAGCUCUGCCACCUUGGGCAAGUCAUGAUGUCACCCAUGCCUCCAUUUCCCCAUCUGUGAAAUGGGAAGAACUCCGCCGCCUGUCUCACAGCGCUGCUGGGAGGAACAGAAGAGCUGAGCAUGCACAGUACACACCACAUGCUCUGGACACACAGCAACUGAUCCUGUCGGCUGCUGGUAGUGUUGCCAUCAUUUCUGGAACCAGUUGUAAAAACCAGUCUUCCUGUAGCCAUUGGGCCAAUUAAACACCUCUUGACUUUUUCUAGUGAUUUUUUUUUUCCUUUACCUACACAAAAGUAGACCCACCAAAUCCGCCUGAUGUGAACGCUCCCAGCACCCCGUGCACUUUGCCAGCCCUUACUGUUAGCAUAUGUUUACCUGGCAUGUUUACACCUUAAUAAAUCACCCACGGGCCUGUAGCUUCAGGCUGACUGGAACCUUUCCGGCGCAGGACCUGUUCUCCCCGGGGGCUGGCAGUGGGACAGUGCGGCGGGAGCCAGUGACACACUGUGAUUCACAGGCUGCGCCGGGCUGCAGCCCCCAGAAAUGGGAGGACACUCCCCAGCCCAGCCCAGCAGCAGCACAGAACCACCCGGACUCCGCCCCUCGGGCGCACCCUCCCUCCUCCUCUUCUUUGCCACACACGCCCAUGAGGGUCAGCUGUCUCUGGACCCCUAUCCAAGGCCACGGGGCCCGUGGUAGGAGCUUGGCCACGGUCUCCCCAUAAAGCAGCUUCUUCCAAACCCAGUGCACCGC